UCACACCUCCUCCUGCACUUCUCCACUUCUCCAGGUUCCUCACGUCUCACCAAUUUUGGAUUUUUUUUUUUUUUUUUGCGCUCGACGCGCGUAGCCGGUGCGCGUCCCCGCGUAUCCGGGUUCUCCAAACACACCACAUCGGUGCGCUUUUUUCUGCGCAUAAAUAUCACGUUUUAAAACUUCCUAUUAUUAUUAUUUUAUAGCUUCUUUUUCCUUCCUGGAAAUGGUUCCCUCGCAGAACGCUUCUAACGUGACCGGGAACUGGACGAAUCAGUUCGCGCAGCCGCCGUGGCGCGUGGCUCUGUGGUCGGUGGCGUACAGCUCCAUCCUGGCGGUGGCCGUGUUCGGGAACCUGGUGGUCAUGUGGAUCAUCGUGGCUCACCGCAGGAUGCGGACGGUCACUAACUACUUCCUGUUGAACCUGGCCUUCUCAGACGCCUCCAUGGCCGCCUUCAACACGCUCAUUAACUUCAUUUACGCCGCGCACGGGGACUGGUACUUCGGCGAGGCGUACUGCAAGUUCCACAACUUUUUCCCGGUCACCUCCGUGUUCGCCAGCAUCUACUCCAUGACCGCCAUCGCUGUGGACAGGUAUAUGGCUAUAAUCCACCCUCUGAAGCCUCAUCUCUCAGCCACAGCCACUAAAGUGGUGAUAGUAUGUAUCUGGGUGCUGGCCGUGGUGCUGGCGUUCCCGCUCUGCUUCUUCUCCACCGUCAGGAAAUUACCCAAGAGGACUCUGUGCUACGUGGCUUGGCCUCAACCCGGGGAUGACCCCUUCAUGUACCAUAUCAUCGUGAUGUUGCUGGUCUACAUGCUGCCUCUGGUGGUGAUGGGAAUCACCUACACCGUCAUCGGUUUGACGCUGUGGGGUGGAGCCAUUCCCGGAGACUCAUCAGACAAUUAUCACGGGCAGCUACGUGCUAAGAGGAAGGUGGUGAAGAUGAUGAUCAUUGUAGUCGUGACCUUCGCCAUCUGCUGGCUGCCGUAUCACAUCUACUUCCUGAUCACGGGCCUGAACAAGGCGCUGGCUAAGAAGAAGUCCAUCCAGCAGGUCUACCUGUCAGUCAUGUGGCUGGCCAUGAGCUCCACCAUGUACAACCCCAUUAUCUACUGCUGCCUGAACAGCAGGUUCCGAGCGGGUUUUAAGCGAGCGCUACGCUGGUGUCCGUUUGUUCGCUUGUCCAGUUAUGACGAUCUGGAGCUGCGGGCUACACGCAUGCAGGCCACACGGCAGAGCAGCAUGUGCAUGCUGUCACGUGUGGAAACCACCAUGAUGGUCAUGAACGAUUCCACAGAGGGCUCCACCAAACGCAAGAGCCUCAUCAACCAGCACCUCCACCACAACCACGCCCACAGCCACACCCACAACGGCUGCUCUCACUCCAACAAGAGGAGCACCACGUACACACCUAGCGACCCUCACGAUGACUUCUGCUGACCGCACGCGCUCGUCCGUAAGAAUUCCGAUCAGAUUCAUCAGACUCGUCUCACUGCCCUUAAGCUUUAACAUCAAGACUGUGUGAGGUUCAUGGAGCCGCGUAACAUUAGCAUGAAGUUAGCCAGAACCCACACUGGCGGCUUUGGUUACCAUUCCAUUGUGUGAUUACAUGAAGAAAAUUGUUCCAAUCUUACGGAGAUUCUGCCUGAGAUCUUGUUGGUCUGUGUUCACUUUCAUCACUAGAGGCCAUAAAACCGUCAUGUUUUAUUAUAUCGCUAAUAAAACAGCGUAGCAGCGUGAAGACGUGGAGAAAAAAAUCAUAUUUAUUCCUCCAUCUGCUUCCCUCGUGUUUUCGCUUACUGUUAUUGUUACAUGAAGGGAAAAAAAGCUGCCUUGUUAAGUCUCUGUAGGUUUGUUAUCUCGCCUCAGCAUUCUUCCAGAAUCUUCCAGCCCUAACAGCUGUUUCUUCAGAUAACUCCUAACUGCUUUCCACAGGAAAAACCAAAGAGAUGAGAUCGACGUUUCUCUAAAGAUAAUCGCUAAUCGCUAGUAAAACCUGCACACUAAAGAUCUCUCUCUCUCUCUUU